GAGCUAUGCUAUCAGACAAAUAAUUCUAUACACCUAAUGUACUAAUUUUGUACAAUAAAAUUUUGAUCGGACGGGCCGUAAUAGAUCCAUCAAAUAGUGAACCAAAAGCUGAGAUAGCUCCACGUGUCCCUUACAUAUUUUGACUUGAUACAGGAUCUAAGUCUUUAGUUCUUGGUACUUUACCAAUUGUAUCUUUGUUCAAAUCGACCAGAACCUUCGUCUUAUUCCUUCUAACUUCUUCUUCCUUACUUAGUUUGUUGCGAGAGACUGUGAGCUGAGUAUCAAAAUUGAUUAUUAAAUUUUUAUCUUCAACAUUCCCCCUCAAGUUGGAGGGGAGAGAAGCAACCCCCAACUUGCCGAGAAUUGAGAGAUGUGAUGGCCUACACAAGGGUUUUGUGAAUAAAUCACCAAGUUGAGAUGAAGAUGGCACAAAGGAAAGAGAUAUCAAACCAGAGAGGAAUUGUUGCCGAACAAAGUGGCAGUCAAGUUCCACAUGUUUGGUCCUCUCAUGGAAAACUGGGUUCCGAUCUAUGUGGAUAGCGGCCUGGAUAUCAGAGUGAAUCGGUACCGGAAGAGAGGGAGAUGAUCCUAGAUAUUUGAGUAAUCGAGUCAACUAGGUGAUUUCAGCAACGACUCUUCUCAUGGAUCGAUAUUCUGCUUCAGCGGAAGAGAGUGAAACUAAGACCUGCCUUUUUGAUUUCCAUAAGAUAGGAGAGCCACUUCACUAAAGGGCCUUGCAACACACAUCCAAUCGCAGAAAAGAUUAGGAGAAAAUUAUUCUGCUGACACAAUCUCUGAACAGAUAUCAAAAUGAAUUUGAAACAAGGCACACAAAGAACAUUUCUUAGAAUGAUUUUAGGAUAAAUGGAUAUAUUUCCACUAAUAUAUACCUUUACUUUAUAUGAAUUAGGAAGAAUCGCAUUAACAGGAUAAGGUCAGGUUCAAAAAAAAUGGUUGAAUCAAAAGACAUGUGUUCAAAUGCUCCUUAAUCUAAGAUCUAGGAGCUACCUUUAAUGUAUGUGAAACGAGAUACUGGUUUUUUGAGUAUUUUACCAUCACAGUUGACAGCAUUAACAUUGAUUUCUUAACCUGAAGUCCAUGGUUGUCCAACUUUCACUUGUUGAAGAAGCUGAAUAAGUUGAGUGAACUGUUCUUGUGAGAGUUGAUGGUUCAUAGUGUUUCCUUCAACCGCUAUUGCGUUUUGUUCCCCUGCUUCACUCACGGAAUAAGAUGCAUUACUUUUGGAAGGUCCAUGAAACCUUUUUGACUUGGUGAAUUUGAAGUCUGCUGGAAAACCACUGGUCCUGUAGCAUUUAUCCACUGAAUGCCCAGGUUUAUUUGCAAUAAGAGCAAUGGAGAUUGUUCCUUUUUCCCUUGAAAUCAGAAUUUCCAAUUUUCUGACUUGGGGGGUUCUGAUUUGUAGCUAGGAAGGAUGAAGAAUCACCGAGGAAUUGGGAGUUGACAUAAACUUCUCUUUGCUUCUCAUCCUGCAUCAACAUGGAGUAAGCAUGUCCUAUAAUUGGCAAAGGGGAUAACAUCAAGAUGCUGCUUCUCACAGAGGCAUAAAUAUCAUUCAACCCAUGAGGAAUUUGAUAAGCCUAUCAUCUUGAAAUGACUUAGCCAUUUUGGCUUUUCCUCCGUAGUUACAGGCACAAGAACAGUUGACAUGAGUGUUCAAGGUCCUUGGCGGUCUUGGAGUAAAUCACACUAUGAGCAAUUUCUCUUGACAGAGAGUUAAGUAGCCAAGAAAUCACCAUAUCACACCUGCUCCACAACUUGAAGUCAGGUGUUUCUGGCCUAGGAGAAAGACAAGCUCCAUCAAUAAAGCCAAUCUUAUUUUUUGCAAAAAAAGCUAUGAGAAUGGACCCGCGCCAUCCUCCAUAACCUCUUCCAUCAAAAGAUGAGUUCACCAAGUUCAUUCCAGGUGAAUCAGAAGGGUGGAGGAAGUAGGGAUGACUUGGGUCUUUCAUACCAUUCCCAUUAUUUUCAGAGGUGACCGUGUUUCCAGAAGUGACAUCAGUGACCUCAGAUGUGGACACCAUUGGAGAAUGAAAGCAAAGAGAAAUUGAAAAAGAAAACGAUUAGGAUCUUCUCAGAGAGAAGUUGGGCUGAAAUAUUGUGUUUCGGUUGCACGUGCCUACAGCUUUUUUGGCCGCGAGUGGUGAUGCGCAAAUGGCUCAAUAUUAGUGCUAAGGAUUCCGAUUAUAGUGCUGACCCUGACUCUGAUUCCGGCUCCGGUUCCGAUACCGAACAAGAACUCUGUGAGUGGCCGAGGCAGUCGCGGUUGAACGAUGCCAAAGGCAUCCAAGUUGAUAUCAACGAUGCUCUUCCAAGGAUAAGAAGACGAAAGUCAGAAACAUUCAGGGCACAGUAUAUUAACACAAAAAAAUUAAGGGUAUGCGUUGGCACGUGGAAUGUUGCUGGAAAUUUUCCUUCAGAAGAUCUUGAACUUGAUAGCUGGUUGGAUGUUAAUGAGCUUGCUGACAUCUAUGUGAUUGGGAAAGCAUCUCUCUUUGUUCACGACUUCAUUGAGGAUGCAUGUCCCUUUAGAUGAUUUCAGGAAGUUAUACCAUUAAAUGCUGGCAAUAUCUUUGGUGCUGAAGAUAGCUGCCCAAUUUCAGUUUGGGAGGACAUCAUUCGCGAAAGUAUGAAUAAAGUCCCACCAGUGAAUAAGUUUAAAUCCUUUAGUGAUUCUCCUUCACCAUCAAGGUUUAAGCCAUCUGAAGACGCCCCUGAUAUAGAAGAAGAAUCGCCUUUGAAUCUGACAGUGGUAGCG